AUGGAAAAAAGUGUGACAGAUAAAUGGACAACACGUGAUAAAAAAGGUGAUAUAGUGGAUGAAUGGUCAAUGAGAAGUUCGAAAGGUGAAACUGAUGAAUUACGACACCAUGAUGAUGGAACCGGUGAAACAUGGCAUCGUAAAGUUGAGAUAUCACCAGAAGGCAAAUUAUCUUUCGUUGACAACAGGCGCUUUUAUACGAGGGAUUAUGUUGUCGAGGUAAAUUCGAUGUAUUAG